AUGGUAGACAAGACAGUUGAGGCCCUGAUUGCCAUUCUCGGCGUCGAAAAGGUGUUCCUCCCAGGCGGCGCGCAAUAUAAUGCGUCUCUGUCUUCAUACUUUAGCCCGCAGGCUGCCGCUGUCCACCCGGCGUGCUUUGUAGCACCGCAGAGCGUCGCAGACGUCUCGGCCGUAAUCACGUCGUUGACCUCGCGCAACAGCCACGAGUCUCACGACUUCGCCGUGCGCGCCGGCGGCCAUACGUGGUUCUCUGAUGCGAACAGCGCCCCCGGCGGCGUCACCAUCGACCUACGCGGCCUCAACUCGAUCAAAUUAAGCGCCGAUAAAUCCACCGUAUCCGUCGGCAGCGGGGCCACUUGGGACGCCGUGUACAGCCAGCUCGAACGUGAAGGUCUAAGCGUCGCCGGCGGUCGCGUUGCCGGCGUAGGUGUUGGUGACUUGGCUCUUGGCGGCGGGAUUUCUUACUUCGGCCCGCGCGAAGGUCUGACGUGCAACCAAGUCACGUCGUUUGAAGUAGUGCUGGCCAACGGCUCGGUGGUGGUGGCCGACGAGAAGCAGAAUGCGGACCUGUGGUGGGGGCUCCGGGGCGGGUCGAACAACUUCGGGAUCGUGACUCGGUUCAGCCUCAGGACCUUCGAACAGGGCUUGCUUUGGUCCAUCCUCACGCUCAACCCGCUUACGGAAGUUGACAACCAAGCCAGGAUCUACGGCGAGAUCAUGGCGGCCGAUAACUACGACGUCAACGCCUCCUUUCUCACGGGCUGGGUCUUCGCUAGCCAGCACGGCGUGAGCGCCACCCUGAACCAGCUUAUCUACACUCGGCCGGCUGAGGGCGAGACCCCAGCAUUCUACAAGCCCAUCCUGGAACUGCCCGCCGUCAGCAGCAUGUCUGCCACAGCUACCGUCGCUAACAUGUCUACGAUUGCACAAAACGCGGUAGCCCUACAGAAGCCACAGGCAGCUCGCUAUAUGACUGCCACCACGACGUUUGUGCCCACCGAGGACAUGAUCCGUGCGACUUACGAGGCUUUCAGCGCGUCGCUCUCGCUAGUGCAGGGCGUGGCGGGGAUCAUGUGGGCGGUCAGCAUCGAGCCCUUGCCGCCGCAGAUCUACAAGCGCAGCGGGGCGGACAACAAUGCGCUGGGUUUGAGCGAGCACCACGGUUCUCUCGCCAUCGGCCUGGUUUCACCGUCCUGGUCGGACGCCGGCGACGACGAGGUCGUGUACGGCGCGGCGCGCUCGCUCAUGGCCGACAUCGAGAACAGGGCGAAGAAGUUGGGCGCGUACAACCGGUAUAUUUACCUCGACUACGCGGCGCCGUGGCAGGAGGUCAUCAAGGGAUAUGGCGAGCAGAACGUCAAGAAGCUGCAGGAGCUGAGGAAGAGGGUCGAUCCCGGAAAGGUGUUUACGAAUAUGGUCAAAGGCGGAUUCAAGAUUCCGGAGGAAGGCCAUUAAGGAGACCUGCCUGGAGCUGCGCUAUGGAUAUAGGGGAACUAGUGGAUAAGAGUGCUAUUUAUUUUUUAAGGGCUUAGUGAGGAUAUAGGC